AUGGAUAGAUUUUUACCAAAAUUAAAAGAAAUUAAUAAAAGUUUUGGACAAGUUCGUCAAAAAGAUUUCGGGACAGCUGAAGAUAUAACAGAUCUUCCUCAAGAAUAUAAAGAACUUGAAUGGCGUAUCGAUGCCUUACAUUCAGUUCAUACAAAUUUACUUCGAGUUACUCGAGUUCACCAGAAUUCGUCAUAUGAUUACCCAGGACAAAUACAAGAAUCAAUGGUAGAACUUUCACGUAGUGUUGAAGCACAAAUUAAAAACGUAAUUCAAAAUCCAGCAGAACGAGAAGCCGAAACUAGGGAGGCUGAACGUUCACCAACUAUCCAUAAAACAUUACCUCAUGCAUUAGCCAGAGCAGCUGCUCAAGGAUCAGAAGCAUUGGGUACCGAAGAACCAUUAGGAGCUUCAUUACUUAAAUUUGCAGCAGUUCAAGAACGUUUAGGAGGUUAUCGAAUUAAGAUGGAUAAUGAGAUUGUUCAAAAAUUCGUGCAACCAUUCAAUACAACCUUAAAUACAAAUAUUCAAUUUGCUAUGAAAGCAAGAAAGAAUGUUCAAUCUACUCGUUUAACUCUUGAUGCAGCAAGAGCGACAUAUAAAAAUGUACGACCGGAAAGAUCAGAAGCUGCACGACUUGAAGUUGAACAAGCAGAAGAUAAAUUUGUUGCAGCAGUUGAAGAAGCUACUACAUUGAUGAAAUCUGUAAAUCUUUCAGAUUUAGUUUCAGCCCAAUUGGCAUUCUAUAAAGAAGCAUAUGAAAUCCUUGCUGAACUUGCACCUGAGAUUGAUGAGAUGCAAGUCACUCAAGAAGCUUUAAAUAGUCGAAAUGAUUAA